AUGACGACCAUGGACCUUCGCGUCGGUAAUAAAUACCGGAUUGGCCGAAAGAUCGGCUCUGGUUCUUUUGGCGACAUCUAUCUUGGAACCAACAUCAUCUCUGGAGAGGAGAUUGCCAUUAAGCUCGAGUCUGUCAAGGCCAAGCACCCUCAGCUUGAGUAUGAGGCUCGUGUGUACAAGUCCCUUGCUGGCGGCGUUGGAAUUCCCUUCGUCCGCUGGUUCGGAACUGAGUGUGACUACAAUGCCAUGGUUCUCGACCUCCUCGGCCCUAGUUUGGAAGAUCUCUUCAACUUUUGUAACCGCAAAUUUUCCCUGAAGACGGUCCUCCUGCUUGCCGAUCAGCUCAUCUCCCGCAUCGAGUACAUCCAUGCCAAGUCAUUCAUCCACCGAGAUAUCAAGCCCGACAACUUCCUCAUGGGCAUUGGCAAGCGUGGCAACCAGGUCAACGUGAUCGACUUUGGUCUUGCCAAGAAGUACCGCGAUCCCAAGACUCACUUCCACAUUCCGUACAGAGAGAACAAGAACUUGACCGGCACGGCCCGUUAUGCCUCCAUCAACACCCAUCUUGGUGUUGAGCAGUCUCGCCGUGACGACAUGGAGUCGCUCGGCUAUGUCAUGCUGUACUUCUGCCGAGGCUCUCUCCCUUGGCAGGGUCUCAAGGCUGCCACCAAGAAGCAGAAGUACGACCGCAUCAUGGAGAAGAAGAUGACUACUCCUACCGAGGUUCUCUGCCGUGGAUUCCCCAACGAGUUCGCCAUCUACCUCAACUACACUCGAUCCCUGCGUUUCGACGACAAGCCCGACUACAGCUACCUGCGCAAGAUCUUCCGCGAUCUCUUUGUUCGCGAGGGCUUCCAGUAUGACUACGUCUUCGACUGGACCGUGUACAAGUACCAGAAGAACGCCCAGGCCAUUGCCCAGGCUGCCGGCCAGGCUAACCCCGAGGAUGAGGACAAGGCUCGGGCUUCCCGUAUGACCGCUGCUGCUGCCGUCACUACGUCCAAGCCUGGUGCUGUGCCCAGCUCCCGCCGCAAGAUGCUUGAGCGUGGCUCUGGCGCUGGCGUUGAUACCCCGGACACUAGCCGUGCCAUCGGUGGAAGCGAUAGGAUGCUUCGCUCUGCUUCAAAGGGAGCGGGAUAUGCCUCCGGCAACUAUCGGCCAAACUGA